UGGCAGAUGAUACCAAAUGGGACAAAUUGCAUCGACCCGUCCACUUAGCCACUUCAUCAAAGGUCACACCAGACAUGGUCAGAGCUCUUCCCACAACCACAGGGUGAGCUCCCGCUCUGUGCUCAGCCCCAGGCUGAGCCCUCUGAGCACCCCAGCGCAUCGAGCAGGCACUUGGCUCUGUCCUGCGCGGCUUAGUUUACAGGUGAGAAAGGUGAAGUCCAGCAAGAUUACAUGAUUAACCCAAGGUCGUGCAGCAGUAGGAGCUCCAUCUGAAACUCGAACUCAGGUUUUCUUGGGGUGUGUAAACCUGCGCUGCACCCCACCUCCUCGAAGUCUCCCAUUGAGCUCUGCAGAAUGAUGGUAUCUCCACUUCGCCAGUGGUGAGACCUAAGCUAUCACUGGACGCAUAAAGGACUUUACUAAAUUACCAGGAACAAGAAAAAUGGCAACCCCAGCAGCCGAGCCCAUGACUGAGCUACAGGCCUACGGGACCUCUAGUUACGAUUAUAUAUUUACAGAGCCCUGUGAGAAAUACAAUGUCCAGCAACUGAUAGCCCAGCUGCUGCCCCCGCUGUACGGCCUGGUGUUUGGGGUUGGGCUGCUGGGCAACGUGAUGGUGGUGGUGAUCCUCAUAAAAUACCGGCGCCUCUCCAUUCUGACCAACAUCUACCUGCUGAAUUUGGCGAUUUCUGACUUGCUCUUUCUAAUCACUCUGCCGUUCUGGAUUCACUAUGCACAGCAGGGUCAGUGGGUUUUUGGCUAUGACAUGUGCAAGCUGCUCUCAGGGUUUUAUAGCAUGGGCUUGUAUGGGGAGACCUUCUUCAUCAUCCUGCUGACCAUAGACCGGUACCUGGCCAUUGUCCACGCCAUGUUUGCCAUCCGAGCCCGGACCGUGUUUUUCGGUAUCAUAAGCAGCUCCGUCACGUGGGUCCUGACAGUGCUGAUAGCCGUCCCUGAAAUUGUCUUCUCUAGGGCCCAAGAUGAGCAGGGGUAUUUCUCCUGUGUUUCCCUUUUCCCAGAGGGAGACGUUUACACCUGGAAGCGCCUUUACAUUGUGAGAAUUAACAUCCUGAGUCUGGUGCUGCCUCUGCUCGUUAUGGUAGUCUGCUACUCGGGCAUCAUUAAAACCCUGGUGAGAUGCCCCAACAGGAUGAAGUACAAGACCAUCCGGCUCAUUUUUGUCAUCAUGGUGGUCUUCUUCAUUUUCUGGACACCCUACAACCUGGCUCUCUUCCUCCACGCUUUCCAAAUGACUCUCUUCGAGAGCAGCUGUAAGCGGAGCAAUCAGCUGGACGUGGCCAUCAUGGCGACAGAGGUGAUCGCCUACACGCACAGCUGCAUCAACCCCGUGAUUUACGCCUUCGUUGGCGAGAGGUUCCGGAAGCACCUCCGCCACUUCUUCCGCCGGCACUUGGCUGUGUGCCCGGGCACGUCCAUCCGAUUUUGUCCUAGUGAGAUGCCAGAAAGAGCCAGCUCUGCAUCUCCAUCAACCAUGGAGCAGGAACUCAUUGGUGUCUUUUAGGAGAGAUGCUAAAAGUUGCCUUAAGAAAAUGCUCUGGGCACAUGAAGUCAAUACACGGAGCCAAUGACAUUGACCCCUAUACCAGACCUUUGAACUUCCAGUGCAACCCUGGAGAAGCUCUUGAAGACAUUAAAAUAUAUUCACAGUGGUCGUGGUACACCUAUGCACCCCAAACUCAUUACCACAGGUCAGUGGCUGGGCAGCGUACUUAUUGCCAACCCCAAAAAGCAGAGCUUUGCUUGAGUCUCUGAAAAGUUCAGUGCAUUUCAAUGCAGCUGCAUGUUCAAUAGUUAGUAUAUGCAGCUACAGACAGGUAAAACUUUGUAUAUUUGAAAUCUUAACUUCGGCCAGCUAUUGAUUGCAUGAAACAUAUUUCACAAAAUACAAUAAAUCAGCCCUGGCUGGCGUAGCUCAGUGGAUUGAAUGCAGGAUGCGAACCAAAGCAUCACAGGUCCGAUUCCCAGCCAGGGCACAUGCCUGGGUUGCAGGCCACGGCCCCCAGCA